UCAGAACCCACGCGGCCACGUGAGCAUUGGUAGGCAGCAGUUUUCAAAGUUUUACCUGUUGAAAUUAGAACGAAACCAAAAUGGCAACACAAACUGUACUCUGCUGCUCUUGCUACUUGUUCUACCCUCCUGCCCCGUGGUCCUCCCGAUUGGAUAUUUGUCUGCGUCGCAGGCCAAUCCCUAAUACUACAACGCUCCAAAAACCUCAGAGUUGUAGGCAUCAAGAUCUAAGAUCAUCUGCGGUCGCGAUGCUUCAUCAAAAUCCGGUGGUUUCCGAUAUCUGUGCUACUGGUUUAUCCGUUGCUAUUGCUCUCUCCGUUCUCCGCCUCUGGAAAGAAACCGCUGAACGACGCAUCUUUGACCAGAAACUGAAUCGGAAGCUUGUGCAUAUAAGCAUUGGUCUAGUUUUCAUGCUUGGCUGGCCGAUGUUCAGUUCAGGGCAUCGUGGAGCAAUUAUGGCAGCUCUUACUCCAGGUGUCAACAUAUUCCGAAUGCUUCUCUUGGGUUUAGGGAUAUGGAAAGAUGAAGCCACAGUGAAAUCAAUGAGCAGAUUUGGGGACCACAGUUUGUUCUUAGCUUUUCUAUGCAUCAGGGAACUUCUUAAGGGACCACUCUACUAUGCUUUGACUGUUACUUUGGCUUGUGCAAUCUAUUGGAGGACAUCCCCAAUUGCAAUUGCAGCAAUAUGCAACUUGUGUGCUGGAGAUGGAAUUGCAGACAUUGUGGGGAGGCGGUUUGGCAAAAAGAAAAUCCCCUACAACAGUGAUAAAUCCAUAGCUGGUAGCAUUGCCAUGGCACUGGCUGGUUUUUUAGCAUCUGUCUUGUUCAUGCAUUAUUUUGCCUCAUUUGGAUAUGUUCGUGAAAGUUGGGAAAUGGCAUUGGGUUUCUUAAUGGUCUCGCUUGCCUCUGCCUUCGUAGAAUCACUGCCCAUAAGUACCAGGCUUGAUGACAAUCUCACAGUUACCUUAACUUCUAUAUUGCUAGGAAGCCUAGUUUUCUGAUGUCGAGAACUAGCGUAAACUUCCAAUUGUUGGCCAACUCAUGUCAUUUAGAAGCAUUACAUCGUUGUUGGUCACUUCAUGUUUAGUUGAUAAUGUCUUCUUACUGUUUUCUCUGUGUAAUGAGGAUGGUCAAAUGAAAUACGCCGAAUUAUUGGACUUAA